AUGCUGAGCCGUCAGUUUGUCCGUGCCGCCGCGGUCGCCCCGCGGUCUGGCCUGCGAGCUCUCAGCACCAGCGCCCUGCGGCAGAGCAAGACACCUUCGAUGGGAGAUGUCAAUCCUUCGCGGGCAACCGUCGAAACGUUCAAUCGGAAGCAGAUUGCGUUUCGCGAGCAGCAGAUCCAGGCACAGAAGAACCGGGAAGCUAGUGCGUUCACCUCACCCCCGAAGUCGGCUGACGCUGCCUCCAAGCAGCCAACUCAGGGCUCACAGGAUGCGAACGCAGGGCGGAGCGCCGAGACCAAGCAGCCUGAACCCGACCGAAAGGCUGGUCCGCUGACGAACCUCAUCUACGGAACAAAGGAGGGUCGCGAGCUGGAGGCCCAACUUGAGGCCAGUUUCAGCCAGGUCCUCGCCCGCGGCAAGUACGUUCACUCUAUUGUCUUCCACGAGGUCAAGCCCGACAAGGUCGAUGAGUACGUCAAGCUUGUAGGCGAUUGGUACCCCAAGAUGGCCAACACCCCAGAGAACAAGGUACACUUGGUGGGCAGCUGGCGGACAGAGGUCGGCGAUUGCGACACAUUUGUUCAUAUCUGGGAGUAUCAGAAGUACGAAGGCUACCACGCGUCGCGACACAACAUCUCAAACCACCCCGACUUCGCCGAGUUCGACAACAAGCUCAAGGGCAUGAUCAAAUCCAAGAAUAUCUCACUGAUGCAGGAGUUCUCAUUCUGGCCCACUACCCCACCACGAGAGCUUGGUGGCGUCUUUGAGCUCCGGUCUUACACCCUGCAUCCGGGCAACCUACUUGAGUGGGAGACUCACUGGCGCCGCGGCCUCAAGGCCCGUCGCGAAGUCAUGGAGGGUGUCGGUGCCUGGUUCGUUCAGAUUGGCGACCUCAACACCGUUCACCAUCUGUGGCAGUUUGCCAACCUCGAGGAGCGCCGCACUCGUCGCGAGCAGAGCUGGCAGGUCGAGGGCUGGAGCGACACGGUCCACAAGACGGUGCCCUUGAUUCAGAGCAUGAAGUCACGCAUCCUUAUCCCCAUGCCGUGGUCUCCUGUGGCUUGA